UCACUAUUGGGUCGAUUUUAAUGGCGCUUGUAACUGGAUAAGUUUUGUGUGUGCGUUUAAAAAUGUGAUAAAUCCGGUGAAAAUAAUGAAAGUGUGAAUUGAACGUUCCAAUCUUGAUUAUUACAGAAUAUCGCGUUGAAAGUGUUAUAGAAAAUUGAUAUUCAAUGUGGAAACAACUUCAAAUGGGCAUAAGGGCAUUUUUGCUUAUAGCAUCCAGAGUUUGGACGUGCUUAUGCUAUACACUCAAAAAGCAAACUCGAGCUAUAAUACAGCACCAGUCCGUUAAAUAUGAUUUGUUUCCUUUAUCCCCACUAUCUAGACACAGGCUAAGUAUUGUUAAGAGAAAAGUCCUUGUUCUCGACUUGGACGAGACUUUAAUUCAUUCACACCACGAUGGUGUUUUAAGGCAAACAGUGAGACCUGGAACACCACCUGAUUUUGUACUUAAAGUCAAUAUUGAAAGGCACCCUGUACGAUUUUUUGUGCACAAAAGACCGCAUGUUGACUUCUUUUUAGAUAUAGUUUCCCAGUGGUACGAGUUGGUAGUUUUUACCGCCAGCAUGGAAAUCUACGGCGCGGCGGUGGCCGACCGAUUGGACGCCGGCCGCGGCAUCUUGCAACGUCGCUUCUAUCGGCAACACUGCACGCCCGAUCUCGGCUCCUACACGAAAGAUCUGAGCGCCAUCUGCAACGAUCUUUCCAGCGUUUUCAUCUUGGACAACAGUCCCGGUGCCUACAGAGCAUAUCCAGACAACGCCAUACCGAUAAAAUCGUGGUUCUCGGACCCGACGGACAUCGCGCUGCUGAACCUGCUUCCGGUGCUGGACGCGCUUCGCUUCACCGCCGACGUGCGCAGCGUGCUGUCGCGCAACCUCCACCUGCACAGGCUCUGCCGCGCCCCCGUCUCCGCCUUCGCGCCGCCGUCGGCGGCGGCGGCAGCAGCGCCACCAGGCGGACGGCCGCUGCACCGCACCGAGACGGCGCCCGACUUGAACGGCGUCUGCGACGUUGCCGUCGCCUCCGCCUCGCCUCCUGCGCGCAAAGAGGCGGGCAGGAGGUUCAAGUCGCGCAUACCGCAGCGCAUGUGCAACUGAUCGGACGCCCCGGCUGCGCGCGCCGACGAGAUCAUGCUCUGAAUUUCGGUCGUUGGUGCGGCGCAGUCUACAUCUAGUACUUUAAUCUAAAACGAUCGAUGUUAGAUUUUUUAAAUGCUUCAAAUUUUAGACUAACACUCAUCGUGACUUAAAAGUACAUGAUUCAUUAUUAAAAUCCUCUAGGAUGCGAUUGUGGAAAUA